CACACACACACAGAUGAACAAAAUGCGCAUCAGACACAGUUUAGCUUGGCUGCUGCUUUUGGCAGCCAGCGUAGCCGCCGAUUGGGGCAAUGAGUGGGCGCCCAUGGAGGACGCCAGCGCCAACUCCAUGCUGGGCAAACGCUCAGCGGAUGCAAAGCCAGAGGAGGUGCAAGGACGCUAUGCUGUGCAUGAGUCCAGCUCAACACAAAGCAACAGCACAGAGAUCGAUACAGUCAUUGACCAGCUAAUCAACUCACGCCGUGAGGGACGCAAUCUGGGCGAAUAUGAUGCAGUCUAUGCUGAUGGCAACAUCGAUGUGGCACUGCAGGAGGGCAACGAUCUGCAGGCGCGCAAUCUGAUACGCGAAAAGCUCUGCGGCUUGGGUCUCAUGAGCUGUGAUGUUGAGGAGAAGCGUCCUUAUUACUCCACAAUCUAUGCGCAAGGUCCACCUCCAUCUAGCGGCUUUGGUGGCGGUCCUUAUGGUCCUGCCAAGCCUAUGCCACCACCAGGCUACUUUGGCGGUCGUCCACCCAUGGGUCCACCACCAAGCUCGCUGAACUCCUUCGGUCCACCACGCAAAGUAGGCUAUGAAGGUCCUUACAAGCCCAUGUCGGGUCCUUAUAGGCCAGGCGGCCAAUUUGGCGGCUCUUUCUUGGACGGCCCACCACCAUCUGCUAUUGAUGGCUCCGAUGGCAUUACAUACAACAAACCACCACCCGGCGCACUCAUCUACGACAGCAAGCCUCCUGGUCCCAUUUACACUGGUGGCUCCAACGGCCCAGUUUUCAAUGCUGGUUCCAACGGUCCAGUGUACAACGGCGGCAACGGUGGCGUGCCUCCUUACAGCUUUGAGAAUCCCGAGAAGCCACAAGGCGCCAACGGUUUUUACAGUCAGCAAUCGUCGUCGUCGUCAUCUUCAGCUACCAGCAGCUCCAACAAGGUGGUUGUAGGCGCGCCUUUGGAUGCGCUGCAGCAGCAUGUGCAUCAUCAUUAUCAUCAUGUGGAGGGCGGCGAGGGUGCGCAUGUGCCCAGCGUUAGCGUGCCCAUUGGCGGUGGUCAGUCCAUCAACACAGACUUUAGCGCCUUGGCUCAAUCUUCAGCUACUUACACGCCCCAAGCUCAAGCUAGCAACACUGGCUUCACCCAGAGCAAUGCCUUCAAUGCUGGCUUCAACAGCGCCUCCCAAGGUGGUCUGCUUAGCCAAGGCUACAAUCCCAAUCAGAAGCCCUCAGGCGGCAGUCUGGGCAGUUUUGGCGGCAGCUCUGGUUUGUCUCAGAGCUCUAGCAGCUUUGGCCAGCAAGGAUUUGGUGCAUCACCCAGCAGCAGUUAUCACAGCCAGAACCCCGAUUACUACAAGAAGGAACUGCAGAGCGGCGCUAAUGGUUACAAUGGUCUCUCCACUGGCUACAACGGUCAGAACCAAGCUGGUCAGUUCCAGGGCGGCUAUGACACUUCACGUCAGCAGAUUGUCGACUGCCAAUGUGUGCCCAUUUCUCAAUGCCCUGCUGCUGAUCGCAUUGGACGCAAAGAGGACUUGAUUCUACCCAUUGAUCCACGUAACUUGGGCAAGGAUAUUGAAGCGCUCAGUGAUGAUGCCAGCAAUAGCACCACCAAAGCUACAGCUGAGAAGAAAGCUGAUACUGAAGAGGAAAAGAAGCGCACGCGUCGUCAAGCUGAAGCAGAGAAGAAGCAAGAUGAUGACACUGGUGAUUUGUCUUUGGAUGCACAAGGGCGUCAGGGCACAUUGGGACAAUCGCCGUUGGCGUUUCCAGCGCUGCAAGCGCUCGAGCUUAUACAGCGCAAAGUGCUGCCCACUUAUGGCGUUAGCUUUGGCCUGCCUUUUCCAGCCGCAGGACAUGCAGGCGGCUAUCCGGCCAAUGUGCUCAACGACUAUUAUCCUGCGGCGAAUCCGCACUUUGGCUCUAUAGGCCCCAAUGGCCUGAACUUGGGCUUGCUCAAUGUUAAUCCUUUGGUUUCGCUGCAAGUGAGCAAAACCGAUUACGGCGAGAAGGUAGUGAAGCCUCUGGUCAAUCUGCAUGUGACGCCCAAUGAGAAUAUUAUACAGAAAGUUGGCUCCUUCUUCAAGCGCAAGCCUGCCGAGCUGCAUGCCACGCACUAUCAUCAUCAUGAUCACUUCAGUGGCUUCGAGCACGAUCAUCAUGAUUACCAUGAUCACCAUGAGCAUCAUCCUGAGCACUAUCACAGCUUUGAGCACGCUCAUGUGCCGCAUUUCGAAAGCUCUGCGCCUGGACCACACUAUAGCGUUGAAAUGCAUCCAAGCACGCCCAUAUUUGAAUACCACAGCGGUCCGAGCUAUGAGCCAGCUGAUCACCAUCCUCAUCAUUAUUCAGAAGCGAACAACUUUGAGCAUUCGUACAACUCAGUUUAUCCCGAAGCGGCGUCCGCUGCUGAUUUUGGUCCCAGUGGCGGUCACAGCUAUGGCGGCUUUAAUGAUUACGAGCCGCAGCUGGAGCGCAGCUCCAAUAUCAGCUCACCCGACUGGUCCUCGCCCAGUCGUCGCGGCAAGCAAUUAAACUUGCAUAACAUACCCGCUCAAGCGCCAGGCGCUGCUGAAGGCAGCGACUUUGUUAGCUUUCCACACGAUCGCCGACGACGCAGCAUUAAGGAUGAGCAAGAGUUUGAGUUGAAUGCGCAGCAGCGCGCUUACUAUGGCAAUCGUCCUGUGGAGAAGACCUGCCGCAUCAACGAAGUCUGCUGCCGUCGUCCACUGCGUCCUCAGGCACCACCACAACAGUUGGGACGCUGCGGCACACGCAACGCCGCCGGCAUUACUGGACGCAUCAAGAAUCCCGUCUACGUUGAUGGCGACAGUGAGUUCGGCGAGUAUCCCUGGCAUGUGGCUAUUCUCAAGAAGGAUCCCAAGGAGUCUAUCUACGCCUGCGGUGGCACACUCAUCGAUGCUCAGCACAUUAUCUCUGCAGCUCAUUGCAUCAAGUCUCAAAAUGGUUUCGAUCUGCGCGUGCGUCUGGGCGAAUGGGAUGUCAACCAUGAUGUAGAGUUCUUCCCUUAUAUUGAACGCGAUGUUGUUUCUGUGCACAUUCAUCCCGAGUACUAUGCUGGCACCUUGGACAACGACUUGGCCAUCUUGAAGCUGGAUCAGCCUGUGGACUUUACCAAGAACCCACACAUCAGUCCCGCCUGUCUGCCCGAUCAGUACUCUGACUUUACCAACGCACGCUGCUGGACCACCGGCUGGGGCAAGGAUGCCUUUGGUGAGCAUGGCAAGUACCAGAACAUUCUCAAGGAAGUGGAUGUGCCAAUCCUAUCGCAUCAUCAGUGCGAGUCGCAGCUGCGCAACACGCGCCUGGGCUACAGCUACAAACUCAAUCCCGGCUUCAUCUGCGCUGGCGGUGAGGAGGGCAAGGAUGCCUGCAAGGGUGAUGGCGGCGGUCCUUUGGUCUGCGAACGCAACGGCUACUGGAACGUUGUGGGCGUCGUCUCCUGGGGCAUUGGCUGCGGUCAAGUCAAUGUGCCCGGCGUGUACGUCAAGGUCUCUGCCUAUUUGCCUUGGAUUCAGCAGAUCACGCAAAGCUACAAAUGAUUGACAGCAGUCACCACGCCCAGUUAUACCGCCUACCAUGCGGCUGACUCGUCCAGCGAUGACAGCAUCAUUCCACCUGACAAUCACUCCAAUAAUGAUGAUGAAUUUGUUUUUCACUUUUAAGCAGCCAUUUUUAUAAUUUAUAUAACUCUUACCGUCACUCGUGUAUUUAUUCGAUCGUGUUUUUGUUAGCCCACUCGAGCUACUUAUUUAGGCUUUUGCUUACUGCUUUAUUAUUAUUUCGCUUGUUAUGAUUUUUUGUUAUUUGUUAUCUUUCCCACACACAAAACUCACUUUGUCGCACUUCUCUAUACGAAACAACUACAAAAGUGCCUUGGAGCACAUUCAA